AUGGAGGUUCUACCCUCAUAUGAAGAGGCGACCAAUGCACCGGACUGGCUCGGGCUCGUAGCUCCGACCAUACCUGCGAGCCAGUGGCGACGAUGCUGCCUGGUGAACACACAUUUCUAUCGCCAAUUUGCGCCCCGUCUAUGGCUAGACCCGUUGGUAACAGUCAGAGAGUUAGGGCUUCAUCCAAAUGAUGAUCUUGCUUGGUAUCGCUACUUCAUCAGCAAACACAUAAAGUCGGUGCGACCUAGCACACGAGGAUUAGUCCGGUCACUGGACUUCCGGAAAUUUGCUCAGUUGGCAUCCGGACUUUACUCUACCGAAGCCAGCGAAAGGGCUAUCUCGGAGAGCUUCAAGGAUCUCCCGCGCAUCUUUCCGGGCCUGCUAUGCCUACUCGUAGACGGCCACCCGGAGCUUGACCCUGGAAGUCUGAUACAAAACUCGGGUGCUAAUUUACCAAGGCUGUCUCAGUCGUCAUUACAGCUUCUCGAUUUGGCCCAUUGUCCCACCGAGUUGUCGCCGAAGCUCUUUAUGUCCGACUAUCUCAGGGACUUGGUCUACCUUGAUGUGUGUUUCACUCCUGGAUCGGUCAAAACUGCUGUUAAAUCAUCACUGAACCCAGGAUGUCUUCCCGAGCUCAGAGUAUUGAAGGUACAAGGUCGCGAAAUGGAUGAUGCGACGGCAUCAUUAUUGUUCCGCACCUUUCAGCGACGCCUGUGGACUCUUGAUAUCUCCCACAAUAAGUUGACAGAUGCAAGUAUCGACACCCUACUUUCGACAUGUUUCUCUUCGAUAUCCUAUCAUUCCGACUCACAUUUCCAAACCGAAGGGAAAUUGGUCCGUCCACGAGAUGUCGGUACCACAAACCAUGGCCCCUUUGUUUUCGUCGAGGAAUCCCAGUUCAGUGCCACCUUCGGCCAUCCCGAUAGCUUCAUGUCGGAUGCUCCGUCAUACUCAAGGCGGGCAGAUCGACAAGCCCUUCAAGAAUGGCAAGUUGCACGGUUAGAUGGUCUCGAAAGCCGAAAACAGGACCACGCGGACGAAAUCAAGCGGUUGCUCCUGCGCGACGCGAUCGCCCAAUCCGUCACUACAUCAGGAGAACUUCAUCAAAAUGUACGAGCGAGCCAGAGUGGUAUUACGCACAUCUACCUGAAUGGAAACAGCUUCACAUCAACGGGCGUUGAGAGGCUGCUCCGUGCCUCGUCCGGUCGAUUGGAACAUUUCGAGUGCGACUCGCCACGCUUCCUACCUGCAUGCGUAUGCGCGCGUGGCGUCCUCCCGAGAUCAAUACAGGUUUUCGGCUUGCUCGGUUCCUCGCACCUCUUCCGCCCUGUCAUGUCAUCGAAUCUGCGCUCACUCCGAAUCCACCAUUCCCUUAUUACUAAUGUGCCGUGUCUCAAAGCAGACACGUUCACUGCCAGAACGGCAGCGUUGCUUGCUGAAACUUUGUUUCGUGAACGGAUGGCGAUGGCGUAUCCAUUGACAUUUAUCCCGAACAUGAAUCCUCGGAUUUCCUCCAUCACACUGACAGGCAUCCCAGCCCGUUCAGUUGGCCCCCUAAUUGAUGAGAUUAUCCGAUUCUUGGACCUGGCGUCGGCGCAACAACAGGCUAUUGACGAAACGCGUAGCAUGUUCCGCCGUGGCGGUCCAACAGUUCUAACUGGCCUUCGUCACAUUCGCCUCGAGUUGGAACCCGAUCACUCCGCCGAGUCGCCGAGCAUGUCGGGGUGUGCUAACAACAAUGUAGAUCAGCUCCUGGAUCUGGCCAGCGACAAUUUUGGAGACAGCUCAUCCGGUCUCCUCGAUAAUUACUCGUGGGGAAUAACUUCACGGAGCCGUGCACCCGUUGCUGCUUCGCCAUAUCCUCGAUCGAGAGACAAUGAGAUCGUGUCACCUCCCAGUCCUAACCUUCCCACGUUUUGCCAUGCGGACGUCGACGGUGAUUAUAUCACCCAUCGCGUCGACUCAAGGGACUCAUGGAACCGCAACGUCUUCUCACUUCCAGUGUGGAUCGGGAAUGGCAUCCCUGGUCCUCAUGCUGCUGUGAACGAGUACAUGAAUAACCUGCGAAACCCGGGAUUGCACACCAACGUAGGACCUGCGUCACCAAAUCACGUCGCCGCCGGAGUCCCUUGCGGCUCCUACAUCUUCUACGCGGCAUGGGACUCCAUGAUCUAUCCGAAACAACCGCCCGAUGCGAAGAGCAUAGCAACUUCGCUGGGUCAACUGAAAGACGUCGGUGCCGCGAUCAAGGCGUAUCGUCUUAGGACGAGGGGAACGGCUGAUCAUUGGACGGGGAAGCUCGAGCUGGUGCGGACGGAUAGCACGACGCGCUAUCUAUCUUCGGACUACUGGCGUUGA